CCUGGAGCGCCCUCGGGGUCCCGGUCUCCGAGGGGGAAGGGCGCCUCCUCGAGAGAGCGUGCGCCCCCGCCAGGCUCGGCGGCGAGCGAUGGGGGGGGAAGCGAGGAGGCGACGGCCUGCUCAGAAGGCUCGGAGGUACCCGGCCGUCCGAGGAGUUUUCGAAGCCUUCCCCGAAGGCAGAGAACAGGCUUCCCAGAAGGCGCGAGGGCGUCUGAGAAGUCCCGCCGCCUUUGAGGAGGCCCUCUCCUUCUCUCGUUUCCCCCCCUCGCUCGCCGCCGACCAGUGGUGACCCCUCUCGGCAGUGCCCGGGAAGAGGGUCCAGGACCUGUUCCUGGAGGAGUCGGGGGCGCUGACCCCGAGGUCGGCCGCCGACCUCCGCGGGGUGAAGGAGGCCGGGCAGCGCCUGUUCGCUCCCGGCCUGGGGGGCAGCUACUCGGUGUGGAAGGAGCGGCCUCUCAGCCCCGAGCUGGUCAGGUACGCGGCCGCCGACGUGCGCUUCCUCCUUGGCAUGCGGAGGCACUGGAGCUUCGGCGACGCGGCCCGGGCGCAGGCGCUGGACGCUGCCGUGCGAGAGCGCAGCGCCGAGCGCAUCCGCGCGUUUGUGGCGCUGCCCGACGAGCGCGCGCUCGACCAGGCCGCGAAGAGGAUCCGCGACUUCGGCAUCCCUGGCGGCGGCGAGGGUUUCAACGAUACGGGCGCCACCAGCCAGAGAGUGGGCAUCCCGCAGAGCAAGCGCGGCCGCGUCAUCGGCAAGGGCGGCUCCACGAGGCUGGCGAUCGAGGCCCAGUCUGGGGCCAGAGUUGUCCUGAGGGAGAGCGAGGACUGCCUCCUGCUGGGCCAGCCGGAGCAGGUCCAGGAGGCCGCGAGGAUAAUCCUAGAGCUGGUCUCGUGACCGUCCACCCGCAUGACAGCGCCGCGAGGGAGGGGGUCCCUGGACAGGCUUGGGGGCCCCGCGGACGACAGUGCGGCCUCCUGUCGAGAUCCCAGGUCGGAGCAGCGUUCGAUGCCCCAUACUACUGGCGCAACUAAGAUCGAGGUUGUUUUUGCUGUCGCUCUACCGAGCUGCCUGCGGCAAGUCCCGCCGUCGUGCCAGCCCAGAAUUCUGGGUGGCGACUGUUCGAGGGGGCACGGGAGGCCGUCACGUGUGACCACUCGUGUUCCUAGGCUUGGUGGAACCGUGA